GGGCGGAAAGUUUGUUUGAAGAGCGCGAGAGCUGGGAAGCCCAGGGUCGGCUACGUCCGGGAAAGGCCUUAAGAUUGUUCCGCUGCCAGGCGCUCCUUGGGAAACGGGGGCUGCUUCCUCGCGACUUUUCGGCACUAGCCGCGUGUUAGUCGGAGUGCCUCUCUGCCUCCCUGGUGCUCAGGUACCGGUUUCAGAGAACAUGACGGAGGAACUGGACCUCACAGGACAGGACUCUGAUGUGGGUAGUGAAGAGGUGGUCCUAACUCCUGCAGAGCUCAUUGAAAGACUGGAGCAGGCCUGGAUGAAUGAAAAGUUUGCCCCUGAGCUGCUGGAAAGCAAGUCUGAGAUUGUAGAGUGUGUCAUGGAACAGCUACAUCACAUGGAAGAAAAUCUCAGGAGAGCCAAGAAGGGGGAUCUGAAGGUCAGUAUCCAUCGAAUGGAGAUGGAGAGGAUCCGCUAUGUCCUUAGCAGCUACUUGCGGUGUCGGCUCAUGAAGAUAGAGAAGUUUUUCCCUCAUAUCCUUGAAAAGGAGAAAACACUCCACGAGGGGGAGCUGUCUAGCCUUUCUCCAGAGGAGCUGGUCUUUGCCAAACAGUACAUGGCUAACACAGAGACCUACCUCAAGAAUGUUGCCUUAAAGCAUAUGCCUCCUAACUUACAGACGGUGGACCUCCUGAGGUCAGUUCCCAAACCAGAUCUAGAUUCAUACGUGUUUCUGAGAGUGAAAGAACGACAGGAAAACAUCUUGGUAGAACCAGAAACAGAUGAGCAAAGGGACUAUGUGAUUGACUUGGAGGAAGGCUCGCAGCACUUGAUCCGAUACAAAACCAUUGCACCCCUGGUUGCUUCUGGAGCAGUUCAGCUGAUAUAAAAUCAAAAGUAAAUACACAAUGACAGCAUGGAACCCUAAAGAUAAUGUGUAAGAUCUCCUUACCGCUUUGUGCCUGCAGACGGCAGACUUUUCCAGCAGUGCUGUGGGUCACCUGGGCAUUGAGGAGCUCAAGGCACGAUUCCUAACUUGCCACACGUCCUCACUGCCAUCCUAGCCACAGUCAGCAGAUGGAGCCAUCGCUCUGCUGAUUCCGCGUGCUGGCCGCUCUGGCCGAGCCCUCUGAGACGCUCACUUUGUGCGCCUUUUUCCUUCGUGGUAUUUCUUGAGCUAAGGGAAGUGAGGCAACCACAGUUCAUAAACAAGCCUCGCUGCCUAUGAUUAGGGGGCAGUAGUUAGCCCUGACCUGAGGGUGACCGGACAGCUCUUUCACCUCCCCAGUAAGAAGAGGAUAAAUGCAGUAGAAUAACAGAAGAUGAAAUAUCUUCUAGAUUAUCUCACUGGAUUGUGUGAACUAACCUUCUGGAACCUCAGAUACUGGACUUAAAACCAAUUUCUGCCCUGGUGGGUACUGAGAGUCACAACUAAACCAAGAAACCAUUACUGAGUUUCAGUUUUGUGCCAAAAGGAGCCUCCGGCCAGUUCUCAGUUUGUAGCCUAAUGAAGUAUGUAUUCCCUGCUGCUAACCUGCAGCCUUCCCCGAAUCUCGGGCAGUUUUGCCAAGCCAACCUCCAGGCCAUCUGGCCAUUCUUGGCCAGGGAUCUGCUAACAGCAACAUUAACUAUCCUAUCUUGUGACCUUAGUAACAGCGUUUCUGUUUUUAGCUCUACUUUCUCAAGGGAAGCAGAUGAAAUUAACAUGAGCAGAGAGUAUCACAGUGAUACCUGAAGGAAGGAUAUAGAGACAGUGGAGCGGUAGAGCUCUAUGCCGUCACCAGCUCCCACCAUGUACGUGCCAGGCUGCACAGAAGACUUAAAGGUCUCUACAAAACCACAGAGUGCAUUGCUCCAUUUCCUAGGCCACCACUUUAAAGGAAGAGGGGUUUAAAUCAGUUGUUUUAAGAUAAAGGGGAAGUUCAAUUUCAAAACCAAGUAGGAAAGGAAAUGAAGUGGCUUAGUGUGACAUUGACUUCACUUUUCCAGUUUGUGGUAUUUUGCUCCAUUGAUAAGAACUCAUCAUGAAAGCAUGAGAGAUGGUUUUUCAAUAAUUGCGUCAUACUUCAUCGUAAGCUUGUUGUUAGCAAGAUGGCUCUUCCUGAGAAGUGCUGGCAGGUCCGGAUCUGGGUUUUUCCAGCCACAGCAAUCAUGAUUCAGCUGUGACCUUACAACAAGGUCAGCUGUUUUUACUCUGUGCUCAGGCUCCAGCAAGCAAUGUAAUGUGACUUUGGUGCCGUCAAACUUCCUUAUGUGAGGUACACAAGUUAA